UAUAUAUAUAUAUAUAUAGGCCUCCUGUUCUUGCUCCUCAAUUUGGUGCUACAAUUAGAACAAAAUAAAGUUCACUACGCAUCCUCUCUUGUAUUAUGUAUCAAUCAAGCAAUAAUUCCAAGCCUCCUUGUUUAGUUGUUUUGUUGAUAAAUAAUAAUAUGAAGUUCCUUUUUAUGGUUUCCUUUCUUUUCGCGUCCUCAGAAGGAGAAGCGGCCAUCAUGAGACCCGGUCCAGCGCCCUUACGGCCCACGAACCGGCCCCGGCGGCGGCCCGACCUGACCCUCCCCCUUCCCCAGCGGGACGCUUCCCUCGCGAUGCCACUGCCACUCCCGCCGCCCACCUCCGCCACCCCUCCCACUGCAUCCUCCCAGAUCCCGGUCCUCUCCGACCUGGAGCGCCUCCGACGCAUCGGCAGCGGCAGCGGAGGCACCGUCUGGAUGGUCCGGCAGCGCCCCACCGGACGGAUCUACGCCCUCAAGAUCAUCUACGGCAACCACGAGGACGCCGUCCGCCGACAGAUCUGCCGCGAGAUCGAGAUCCUCCGCACCGCCGAUAACCCGUACGUCGUUCGGUGCCACGGAAUGUACGACCACGCCGGCGAGAUCCAGAUCCUCCUCGAGUACAUGGACGGGGGAUCCCUCGAGGGCCGCCGCAUCUCCUCCGAGCCCUUCCUCGCCCACGUCGCCCGCCAGGUGCUCGCCGGAUUGGCCUACCUCCACCGCCAGCGCAUCGUCCACCGCGACAUCAAGCCCUCCAACCUCCUCAUCAACUCCGCCCGCCAGGUCAAGAUCGCCGACUUUGGCGUCGGUCGGAUCCUCGCCCAGACCAUGGACCCCUGCAACUCCUCCGUCGGGACCGUCGCCUACAUGAGCCCCGAGCGCAUCAACACCGACCUCAACCAUGGCAUCUACAACGGCUACGCCGGCGACAUCUGGAGCUUCGGCCUCAGCAUCCUCGAGUUCUACCUCGGCCGCUUCCCCUUCGGCGAGAACAUCGGCCGCCAGGGGGACUGGGCCUCCCUCAUGUGCGCCAUCUGCUACUCCAACCCCCCGGAGGCGCCGCGCACCGCCUCGCCGGAGUUCCGGAGCUUCAUCGCCUGCUGCCUCCAGAAGGAGCCCGCCAGGCGGCUCACCGCCCUCCAGCUCCUCCAGCAUCCUUUCAUCACCCAUCACUCUCCUUCCUCAUCCUCGUCAUCUCACCCGUGAUAAAGACGUUUUUAAGCUCGGAUUAUAAAAAAAAAAAAUCAAUUGCCCCUGCUUUCUUCCCUUCCCAAGUGGAUUCCAUGAAAGAAAGGAAAGAUUUUGAUGGGUGGGUGAGACAAAAUGGUGUGUUUUUCCCCUCUUUUUAAUUGAAAGUUAGCUUUAUUUUUUUUUAAAAAAAAUUUCUUUGAUUUUGGUCAUAUUAAAUGGAAGUGCCAUUUUUUUUUUUGCCUUUUUUUUUAUGAUGGUGGUGGUGGAAAAGGGGGAGAUGGGCUGUGGCUUUUGAUGUAUUCUCUACUCCGAGGAGGGAUUGGGAUUAGACUAGAUGCAUGCGUUAGAACGAUCAACAAAACCAAAAUAAAGUGGGAAUCAAUCUCUUUUUUGUUUAUUGUUCUUCUUCUUUACUGUUCUCAUUUGCUUGGCUUUUCCUCCCCCCCCCCCCCC